ACUGUACCAUCGAUACCAUCGCUUCAACAGCAGCCCUUCAGACAAGAGGUCCCUGUCCUCGAAGUUUAAAGGAGUGGAAAUAGGAGCCGAAAAUACACAGAACUAAGAAGAUUCAAAAGAACAAUACAAGAAGUGGAAUCCUAAGAAUGGCCUCCCUGAGCUCCAGCCUAUGGAAUGAAACCACCACAUCCGUUUAUCAGUACCUUGGUUUUCAAGUUCAAAAAAUUUACCCUUUCCAUGAUAACUGGAACACUGCCUGCUUUGUCAUUCUGCUUUUAUUUAUAUUUACAGUGGUAUCUUUAGUGGUGCUGGCUUUCCUUUAUGAAGUGCUUGACUGUUGCUGCUGUGUAAAAAACAAAACGGUGAAAGACUUGAAAAGUGAACCUAACCCUCUUAGAAGCAUGAUGGACAACAUCAGAAAACGUGAAACUGAAGUGGUCUAGCACUCUACAUAAGAUGAGCAAAAUCUCUGAAAACAGCCUUCAACUUUGGAGAAAAAAAUUUUCUGAGACCAACUGUUAUUAUAAAAUUGACUGACUUUGAAUGAUUAAAAGAUUUCUACUAGAACAGUGGUUCUCAACCUUCUGGCCCUUUAAAAACAGUUCCUCAUGUUGUGACCCAACCAUAAAAUUAUUUUUGUCGCUACUUCAUAACUGUAAUGUUGCUACUGUUAUGAAUCGUAAUGUAAAUAUCUGAUAUGCAGGAUGGUCUUAGGCGACCCCUGUGAAAGGGUCGUUCGACCGCCAAAGGGGUCGUGACCCACAGGUUGAGAACCGCUGUACU